CUAGUUCCCCCAGCCCUCAGGAGGGGACCCUCCUCCAACAAGUUUGUGAACGACGGAAGCUUCCUCCAGCAGUUCAUGAAGAUGCAUAAGAACAAACCAAGCUCUGGUUCCAGUCCCGACAGCGACUCCAAGCCCGGCGCGUCCCCCGGCGCGUCUCCCCUGCACAAGAGGAGCAUCCUGGUGGGCAAGAGGCCCGGCCUGGGCAUCAGCAGCAUGCUCAGCCAGUACAAGAACUACUCCCAGUCCAAGAAGAGCUCCAUGGUCUCCUGCCGGCCCACGGUGUUCUGCUCCCCAGACGGAGAAGACGAGGAGGAGGAGGUGGACGACUCCAGCUUCCUGGAGGUGAAGGUUUCUCCCCCAGAGGACCCAGACACACGACUCAUCCUGAACAAGAUGGCUGCCUUUGUGGCCGAGGGUGGGCCUGAGCUGGAGAGAAAGGCCAUGGAAGACUACAAGGACAACCCUGUUUUCUUGUUUCUGUACGACAAGAACAGCCGAGAUUAUCUGUACUACAGGAAGAGAGUGGCUGAGCUAAGAAAGGCUAACCCGCGACCUCAGACGACCCCGCAGUCUAAUGUCUCCCCCCCAGAGGACACGCAGGAGGUGGCUGAGAAGCUGGCCAGGUUUGUGGCCGACAAUGGCCCGGAGGUGGAAGCCAUCGCUGCCCAGCACAACCGGGACAACCCCGCCUUCAGUUUUUUGUACGAACAUCAAAGCCCAGCCCACCGCUUCUACAAAGAAAGAAUCGAGGCGUACCGCCGAACAAAGCUCUGCCAGACCCCUCUCUCCCCCACGGCCGAGCCGGGAGGGGGCAAACGCCCCAGCGCCCCCCCGCUCCCCGGGGGCCCCCAGCCCCCCCACCUGGAGCCCCAGGGCCCAGCGCCCCCGGCGGUCAAGAGGAAGAGGAAGAGUCGCUGGGGGUCGGAGGAUGACAAGGUGGAGCUGCCCCUGCUGCCCAUCAUCAUCCCUCCAGAGGAGUACCUGGACAACAGCAAGGCCUCGCUCUCUGUGGCGGAGCUGCAGGGUCUGGGCUAUGCGAAGGGCAAGCCGGUGGGGUUAGUGGGCGUGAGUGAGCUCUCUGACGACCAGAAGAAACAGCUGAAGGAACAGCAAGAGAUGCAAGAGAUGUUCGACAUGAUCAUGAAGCAUAAGCGCGCCAUGGCGGAGAUGCAGGUGAUGUGGGAGAAGGCCUUGAGGGACCACCAGCACGAGUACGACAGCGACGAGGAGGUGGACCAGGAGGCAGGGACCUGGGAGCACCGUCUCCGCCACAUGGAAAUGGAGAAGACCCGCGAGUGGGCGGAGUCUCUCACGGACAUGGGCAAAGGGAAGCACUUCAUCGGAGACUUCCUGCCCCCUGAGGAACUGGAGAAGUUCAUGGAGACCUUCAAGGCCCUGAAGGAGGGCCGUAACCCUGACUACUCAGAGUACAAAGAGUUCAAGUUGACGGUGGAGAACCUGGGCUUCCAGAUGCUCAUGAAGAUGGGCUGGAAGGAUGGCGAAGGCCUGGGCUCUGACGGGCAGGGCAUCAAGGCUCCUGUUCACAGGGGAACCACAGCGGUGGACGGAGCAGGCUUCGGGGUGGAGAGACCGGCUGUGCUUACAGGUCACGAUGACGAGUUUGACGCCUUCAGGAAGAGGAUGAUGCUUGCCUAUCGUUUUAGGCCCAACCCACUGAAUAACCCAAGAAGACCUUACUACUAAGGGAGUGGUUCGUUCACGGUCCUCUCACCUGUCAACACUUCCCAGCAGCUCCUUGUUAAGGCCACUGCUGCUUCCUGUGUUGUGAAAACAGACAGCGUCCACAGGAAUAUUGUGGAGGUUUGGAGGUCACAGGUAGAGGAGUGAAAAUGCACAUCAUAGGCCUAAAGACUAGAUUUGUCCUUUAAUCUAAUCAGAUGUUGUGUGGAUUGGGAAGCAAUCCAACAGUUAUCUGAACAGUCAUCCGAGGUAAUGUCCUGUUCUGAUUGCCUCGUUCACUGCAACUGAAAAGCACAGAACAAUCUGCGUAAGUUCUUUACUGCAUCGUGACUUCCAUCUUUAUUUGUGAGUUGGAUUUUUAAUGUUUUCUCCACCGAUAUACCGACGUAUUCCUAACCAAAAUACACUUGUUGUCGAUGCUAAUUAGUGAAGGAUCUGCAUUUUAAUUUUUCAUGCUUUAAGUGAUUCUGUUUUUUGUUGAUAGUUAUUAUACAGUUAACUUUGCUUACUUUUGCGUUUCACAUCCCAAAAUUCAAGCAAUGAAUGUAACAUGCUUAUCUGUGAACAAUAAAAACAACCAAUGUCUUAA